UCACUGGAAUGACGUUACGGUGGACACGUUGUCAGAGAAAUAGUGUUCGCACUCAAUACACAGAGAAAUUCGGGGUUCCUAGCACCCGGAAUUCACUUGUUGUGUUGUGGACUGAGGAGUGAAACUCGAUUCCUUGGGAGUACUAGCUAUUUUCUGAGAACGACGUGAAGAAAAAUGUCGGGAAAGUCCAAGGCAUUCACCAAGGAAGAGGAGUUACUCCUGCAGGACUUCUCCAGGAAUGUAUCAACGAAAUCAUCUGCGUUGUUCUAUGGAAAUGCCCUCAUCGUGUCGGCUAUUCCCAUCUGGUUAUUCUGGAGGAUUCAUCUCAUCGAUCUUUACUCCAAUAUAAUUUCCUUCGUAAUUGUAACGCUCCUCAGCACAUAUGCCCUAGCAUUGGCAUACAAAAACACGAAAUUUAUCCUGAAACACAAGAUUGCUGUAAAGAGGGAAGAUGCAGUAACCAGAGAGAUGAGUCGUAAACUCGCUGAAGACAAGAAAAUGAGCAAGAAGGAGAAGGACGAGAGGAUCCUGUGGAAGAAGAACGAAGUCGCUGAUUACGAGGCAACGACCUUCUCAAUCUUCUACAACAACGCCCUGUUCCUGGCGAUCGUCAUCUUCGCGUCGUUCUACCUCCUGAAGAGCUUCACUCCAGCCAUCAACUACAUCUUCUCCGUUGGGGCCACCAGCGCAGUCCUCGCUCUCCUCUCCACAGGAUCCCAAUGAUUGUGAUGAUGAUAAGUGCAUUUAUCAAACAAACUCAUGUAGGGUAUUUCAUUAAAUGUUCUUUUUGAUACGUAUGAUUGUAUAAAUUUAUUUCCAAUACAAAAUUUAUUUAUAGAGA